ACACACACACACACACACACACACACACACACACACACACACAUUAACAUUCCUUCACAAUCUUCACAUACGCUGCUGCUACUCUCUGUUUAUUAUCUAUGCAUAGUACUUUACCCCUACCUACAAUUGAGGUACAUAUUACCUCAAUUACCUCAACUACCCUGUACUCCUGCACAUUGACUUGGUACCGGUACCCCUUGUGUAUAUAGCCUCAUUAUUUUUUAUUGUAUACUAUUUUUCCUUUUGUUUAUUUAGCAUAUUUUUCUUACUUACUUUUUAAAAACUCUGCAUUGUUGGUUAAGGGCUCGUAAGUAAGCAUUUCCCGGUACCUGUUGUAUUGGGCAUAUGUGACAAAUACAAUUUGAUUUGAGUGGCCUAGUUACAGUUUUCACUUAAAUCGGCUUGAACAUCUAUUGCGAAAACCUGAAAAUGGCUGUCUAGCAAUGAUCAACAACCCACUUGACAGAGAUUGAAGAAUUUUUAAAAGAAUAAUGUGCAAUCGAGGUGUGCAAAGCUCUUAGAGAUCUACCCAGAAAGAAUUACAGCUGUAAUCGCUGCCAAAGUUGAUUCUAACCCAGGGGUUUGAAUACUUAUGUAAAUGAGAUACUUAUUUUAUUUUUAAUACAUUUGCAUAAACAUAUCUAAACUUGUUUUCACUUUGUCAUUAUGGGGUAUUGUGUGAAUUUGUAUAUUUAAUCCAUUUUAAAUUCAGACUGGAACAACAAAAUGUGGAAGUAUGAAUACUUUCAGAAGGCACUGUAUAUACUGUAUUAUAGUCAUGGCUCAGCCUAUAUAACUACUGCUUUACACACCUUUUCUAUUCACAUCUACUGUCCAUACCGUCUAUACACACCAUUCACAUACAUACAGUACAUUUUUAUAUUCCAGACUCUGGUCCGGAAGCUAAUUCUUGCAAUUCUAUCCAUUUUGCCAUGGGGUUUUGUACUGUGUAUUUAUAUAGGACUACUUUAUUCUCGACACAUCUCAUUCUAAUAUUUGUACUACUGUACAUUGCACUGUUUAUACACACCACAUAUUUAUAUACUGGACUUUUGACAUAGCUCACUGCAAUAGCCUAUACCUACUGCUGUAGCCUACAUAUCAUUCUUAAUAGGCCUAUAUGUUGUGUAAAUUCAUCCGGUGUAUAUAUGCAUAGAUGACAUACACAUUUCAUUUUGAAUAUGUGUUUAGGCCUACUUUUUUGACAGUUUAAUGGAGAUACUAACAUAAGCAUUUAGCUGCACCAACUAUAACAUAUGCUAAACUGCGUCCAAUAAACUUUGAAACGAACAUGUAUGGUCAUGUAUCAUCGUUGUGCUGUAAUCAGUCAAUACGAUAAAAACAUAUUCACUACAUAUCCCAAGGGGCAAAGCCUCCUUUAUCAUCGUAUCCAGGAAGUUGGGUGCGUUGUCAAGCAAACUUGUGCGUGUCUUUGUAAAUGCUCUGAAGAAUGUGUACUUCAUAAGGUGUCUGUGAGUGAUGAUUUGUUCCCAGGACUCAGCGAGGGUACUGGUGACUGAGCUGAGUGGGUCUGGUCAGAUGAACCCAACCCCUGCUGCUUAUGAGGACUCUGACAUGCAGGUGGAGCUCUACCUCUCUCCAGAAAAGCUGGUGGGGCUCCUAUUGAAAGCCUUGUCGGGAACAGAAGACCUCGUUCGGGUCACUUCCCUGGAAAUGUGUGUGGACACUCAGGAGAGCACUCUUGGCAACUUUGGUGCCUACUUGCCCAAGCUGGUGCAGCUGAAAAUGAACAACAGUAUGAUAAUGUCAGUGAGGGACCUGGGAACCACGCUGUCCCAUCUGCAGGUGCUGUGGAUGUCUCGCUGCAACCUGGCAGACCUGGAUGGGAUUCCCUCCUUCUCCUCUCUCAAGGAGCUGUAUGUGGCCUACAACAGUGUGUCGGACCUGAGUCAGGUGAGCAUGCUGGAGAAUCUACAGCUGUUGGACCUGGAAGGGAAUGAUGUGAAUGACCUGGUGCAGGUGCAGUACCUGGGCCUCUGCUCCCAGCUCCGCACACUUACCCUGGAGGGAAACCCCGUCUGUAUGUGCCCCCACCCCAACGCCACACAGGAGGAGGAGGAGGGGUACUGCUACCGGUCAUCGGUGAGGGAGCUGGUCCCACAGCUGCGUUACCUAGACGAUAUGCAUGCCAGGGAGGAGGCGGGGUCUCGCUGCAGCAUCUCAAUGGGGGAAGACUGGGCCCUGCUCAGAGAGUCUUUUAAAGACUGCAGCUCUACAGUGACAGCAGAGGAGAAGAGAGCAGUCAGUGUGUGUGCCUACUCCAGACCCAGCUCUGGCCAGCGCCUAGCUAGCAGCCUCUCCAGUUCCCGUCCCUCCAGCCGACCGGUCACUGCCAGGCCCCUCUCAGCAGCCGGCUCCAGACCCCUGUCUGGGUCACGACCCUUAUCAGCGGCUGGGUACAGAGCCCUCUCCCCUCCCGGGUCCAGAUCUGGUUCUACUGAUGCAGAUCCAGUCUCUGUGGACCCAGACGCUAGCAUUCUGACACACGGUGCAGGGAAGGUCUUGUUCUGUGGGAGCCCUGUCCAGGCCCUCAGAGCCAGGCGACAGAAGAUGAGGAAUGCAGCCCCCUCCCCUGUGUCCACUCCUAGCACCCCGCCCCUCCAUGAUCCGGAGAACACCUAUGACCUUGAGGAGCAAGAAGGAUGCCAGCGCAGUGAUGUGUUCUCUGAGCUCAGGGCCUGGAGGGAACAGCAUAACAAACGUCUAUUAGCCAUGGAGAGGGAUGGGCCUCAGAUACUGACCAUCCUGAAUGGUGAUGAAGAGGAGGAUGAUGAAGAUGAUGAAAGUAUCAGCAUUUUCAGUGGCAAGGAGGAAGAAGAGGAGGGAAAAAAAGAGAGCGCUGGUUUGAGUCACUGGUUAAACAUUGACUCAACAGACUCAUCUUCCCAGUCCCCCUCUCCAGAUGUGUUUCAGAGAGAAGCCAAAUCCCCUGAAGUGGCCCGGCUCUCCCUGUCCCCUGACUGCACUCUGUCGCCCUCUCCCCCUCAAAGUGCCACAUCAGCCCCUGGUAGCCGGAGGCUGUCAAUGCUGCGAGCACACAGACUGAGGCUCAGUGGUGGGGUGGCUGUGGCUGCUGUAAGGCCCGCUGAAUACCAUACAGACUCAGAGACGAUCACAGGAGUCCCCAUCUUGGAGAACCAGGGGCUCCAGGAGGCUGUGAGGCCCAAAGUCCCUCUGCUGCCCAAGGCUACUUACCACAUGCCCCACAGGCCAGCCUCCAGCCCACUGGUCAGAAGGCUCAGGUCACCAACAGGUGGAGCUUCUGUGCAUUCUGUCAACGGGCUUCAACCAAUCGUCUUGAGCAGACCACCAGGGAGGCCGGCCAUUAUGCGUCCUCACGCGACCAAGGCAGCACUGCAGAAAACGCCACAGCGCCUCACACUCCAUCCCAGCAGGGGGAACUCUCACUUAGACUAAGCCACACACUGUGUGGGAUUGUUUCCUGAGAGGGGAACACUCAAAACAGGAGCUGAGGCAGAGAUGGAACGGAGGCAAAGAUAGAGAUUGUCCUCCAGGUCCCCGCUCUUCUGAGCUGAGCUAUCUUGUGAUGUGAAGACUUCCUAAGAGUGCAGUGACAAGUCUCCCUCUAUGUUAUGUUUAGGAAAAUAGGACGCUGGGGGCUGGAUUACAUCCAACUGUCACCUGGAGAAUGCAACAUAAAAGCUGUUGAAUCCAAGUGUGAACUUGCUAUCUCAGUGUUGUGACUUCCUCUGAUGGACAGUUAGAGAAUCCCCUGCAUCCCUCUGCUCUCUCAGCUCAGCACAGCACAGUACUUACAAUGACUCUGAUACUGAGCUCACAUUGGCUUUACUAAGGACAACAGCUCUAUUUGAAAAGGUUUAUAGUUUGGUCGAAGAUAUAUUUCUUGGAAUGGCCUUUAAAUUGAAUUAGUAUGCUUUUCACAAUGCUGAAUUGUUGUGGGACUUAAGUGUGUUUCACAUGUCUCAUUCAUGUCUUAUAUCUGUGUUUUUCAGUUUGAAUUACAUUUUGUACUGUUUUUAUUCACUCAAAUACUACCUUAUCCACACCUUAAAUAAAAACAUAGUUUGAUCAA